UUCAGUACCAAAAGCGGUAACCCCGAGCUACACUCGGGCUUACCAUGCGGCGUUCCACAGGGAUUCCCUACAGCGCUUACCUUGUCCUUUGCUCCCGCGAUGCGUCCCCUGCAGCGUCCCCGGCCAUCUCUCCUCCGGCUGAUGCCAGCAUCUGGCUUCCGUGUUCCGGUCCCUGUGACGUCGGGAAGUACGGGCGGCAAAUUUGAAAAUUUUAAAAAAAUGAAUUGUUUUUUUAAAACGAUUACUUUGUCCCUACUGCUUUGUCCUGUGCCCUGCCUGCAUUUUGACUGUUCUUUC